AUGGCAGCGGACGUCAGCGCCCGUGUGCACCUCGUGGCAGAGAAAUUACAGCUUCGGGCGCAGGAAGCACAGCGUAAGGGCAAUGAGAAUGCAUCACGAGCUCUUUCUUCUUCUGUAUUUGAUCUUCGUGAAGCUCUCGCGCUGAUAUCCGAGCAGCGACAUCUUCUCGCGCGACGUCGAGGCGAAGGUGAUGACGAAGAAGAUGACGCUGAUGCGCACGUUCAGGCGGUUAUUGCGCGUCUUGUACAAGUAAAGAAGAUGAUGGAAAAGAAAGCGGAUGAAAUGAAGCUGAAAGGCAAUGAGAAUGCCAUGAGAUCGCUGCAGCAGUCAGCGAUAGCAGUGGAAAAUGGUCGUAUACUACUUUUGGAGCAGCAACAGACGAUCUUUGGACUUGUGGGACGCUGGGAGAAGCUGGAAGUGAUUGUACAUUAUGAGAAGAAGACAUGGAACAGUGUAGUGACUAGUGAGGGGACCGACAUGGAGGAAGAACACGGACAAGAGGAGACUGAGCAGAGAAAACUGCUUGCUAGAGUGCGAUAUCUUGCUCAGGUUGAAAAUGUGAUUGCAAAUGUUUUUCCAGAUUGUGACAAGGUGGAAGACGUGCAAAAUGUGGUGGAGAAGCUGAAACAAGAGCUCAAUGGUGCAAGAGAUGAGGUGGCUGAAGCCAAUGAGAGGCUGAAACAAGAGCGUGUGGCACUUGAGGAAGUCAAAUUGGAGUUGGAGAGAGUAAAGAAAAGGGAAGUAGUACGACAGGAAGAGGAUGCUGAGUUGCUGGAGCAACAACGUGAUGCAUGCCAAGCGAUGGAGCAACUGGUACGAGAAAGUGAUCAGGAGAUCCGUCUAAUGACGCAGGAUGCAACGGAACGAGCUCAAGAACUGCAGACGGUCAGAAUUGAAAUGGAGAGUUUGGUUGCGGAGAAGGAACGUCUUGUAAGAGUUUAUACGGAUGAAGUUGAGGAACUGCAAGGACAAUUGGCGACUGCAAUGGAUGCUCUCUUGACGAAGAUGGACGAGGAAGAAAAAUGGAAGGCUAACGAGAUGAAGUUGAUGCAGGCUCAGCUGGACAAUGUGAUUGUGGAGAAAAAUGACCUUGUUAAAGCACAUGCGGAUGAGGUAGAAGAGCUUCGUCGGCAACUUGAGAACGCAAUGGCUUCUCUCUCUGCAGCAUCGGAAAAAACGACACAAGCUAACACCGAAGAGUUACAGACGUUGCUGGCCAGUGUCGAUGCUCUAUCUGCGGAGAAAUCGAAUUUAAUCAAAUUGCAUGCCAAUGAAGUGAAGGAGCUACAGAAGGCGCAUUUGCAAGAAGUUGAAGAACUUUGCCAGAAGUAUGAUGAUGCCGUGAAUGAUGUGUGUAGAAAGACUGACACGAAUGGAGAUACAGGCGCCAAAAACGUGCAUGCGGUGCAGACCGCGACGGAUAACUUGGCCGAUAUCGAGGAAGAUCUUGCACUGUCUUACGCGGACAAAGUACAGGCGCUUCAGAAAGCACAUCGAGACGAAAUUGACGAUCUUCGUCAACAACUCGAGAGUGCGAUAUCUUCUCUUUCGGCAAAUGUAGGAAAGAUUGAUGCAUUGAGUGUCCGCGAAUUGCAGCUGUUUCGAUCCACAGAAAAUAAUUUGACUUUACGAAAGGAAGACCUUGCAAAAAUUUAUGGUAACGAGUUGGAAACACUUCGGGAGGCAUAUGUGACUGAAAUGGAAGAUCUUUGCAAUCAGCUCGAAGCUACUGUGUAUGGUAACGCUGCAAAUACGAAUGAGAAAACUGAGUCACUCGUUGACGAACUGCAGCAGAUGCGGGCCAAGGUAGGUACGCCAAUUACCGCGAUAGAUUGCCUCGCACGUGAACAUGCAGUAGAAAGUGGUGCGCUUUGUUGUCAGGUAAAGGGUGCCAAGGCUUGUGAAAUGAAUACGCCAGAAGACCAGGAAGAGUUUAGUGCUGACGAGAAUGGAUAUGAUGGCGAACAUGCAGAGAACGAUGACGUACCUGUUAUGGAGUUGGAAGAAGACGAGUUGCAGCCAGCUGAUAUUGUAGAUGAAGACAAAGAGGGUAGAAGCUCAGAUGGCGCCAAUGACUCUAAGAAGACAUUAAAAGUGCAGACUGCUUGCAGGAUAUUACAGUCUCAAGUUGAAAGAUACGACGAGCGUUUACAAACUCAACAGGAUACGAUAUCGAAUUUGGAGCAAAAGCAAGUCGAGCGUCAGCCGGAAAUGAAGACUUUUACGAACGACAAGAUUGAGACGAACGAAAUACAGCGUGCGCACGAGGCAGAUAUUUUAACAGAUCAAACGGACCAUAACAUGCUUCAAGCACGAGUUAUCAAGUACGAGGACACUUGCCAAGUACAACAAAGCAUUAGUUUUUUGACAUCAGUAAAGGAGCGCGCUGAGCAUCAGGAACAAAUAAAGUUUUUUGAUGACGAGAAGGCAAGCUUGACUGACGAGUUGGGGUACUCAUAUGGGGAUGAGACAACAUACUGGACACAGCUCCUUGCCGAUAGCGAAAACAUGCGCGAGUCUCUUGUUGCGCAGCUGAACGAGAUGAAAAGUGAGCUUGCAGCUAAAUCAGCUGAGCAGAACGAGACUGCAAAAGCGCUUAUGCAGUGUAAAGCUGAGCUUUGUGCGUGUCAUUCUGAACUAGACGCCCAAAUUUUUGAGUGCAGUCAACUGAAGAGUGAGCUGGAGGUAGUCCAACAAGCAGAGGAUACGAAGAGCAGAGCCAUGGACGAGCGCAUGUCAAAGCUCACUACCGAGCUUCGCGAAGUUGCGGUUGUUUUAGAAUCCAGCCGAAUGGUCGAUGGCAAUACGGCGUGUGACUUUACGAGUAGAGUGUGGCAGUCUGUAGAAGUGACAGAGCUAUGCAGCAUGCUUGCACCAGUACUGACUGAUCUGAUGUCCUCUCAAGAGCAGAUACAUAGGAUAGAGGAGCAACUGAAAUCAAUGCGUAAGGAGCGUGACAACCAGAAGCUGAUUGUCGGCCAGUUUAUGAAAACGUUAGAUUGGCGUUUGUUUGCAAAGGAUGGCGAGAACGUGGAUGGGGUUGCGGGUGCUUUGGAUAAGGAUGUACAAGAGCGUUUAUCUGUUGCCAAGAUGAACAUCCACUGCUGGCUAGAUGAACUUAAGGUGCUUCGUGACUGCGUCGAGAAGGACUUGGUAAAGCUAAAUACGCUGGAGGACGAGAAACUGCAAGACCAGAAACGAUUGGUGGCACUUGAAACAUCUGAGCGUGACUUGCAAGUACUGGUAGAGUCUUUGAGAGAAGAAUUGGUAAUCAUGCGAAGUGAGAAUCGCGAAGCCAUAAAAUCUGCGGAAAGUCUAAUAGCUCAAAACCAUUUGGCUAGCAUACAGAAGCAACAACAGCAGGUUGUUCAGCAAGAAGAGGUCGCUGAGCUGCAGCAACAGCUAGCUACAAUCCGUAGUGACUUUGAUCGGUACCGUGCUCGGUCACAUACAGCAUUGAAGAAGAUAGAGAAGCGCGCAGAGCUUUUGAAUGGUAUGCGAAAGGAGAACGAGGAAUUACUUAAGCAAGUAGUGGAGAGUAACAGACAGCGAAAACAGGCUAUUGCUGCCUGUGAAGAUAGCGAGUCUUGCCUCCAGGAGGUGCAGCGUACGCAGGAGAUGAUACAGGAAGAGUUCGACCAAUUUGCGACGGAAAAGUUGCUCGUCAUUGCCAAGCUGGAAAAUGAGGGGGGACCAGCUGGUGUUGGAGAAAGAGAGAAUGGGAGCGCAAGUACAGGAGCUGGUAAGUAA